GUUUUUCCAAGGGUGUGUUCAGUAGGCCAUGGGCCACUCCACCCGUUGGUCACUCACUGCAUACUCUUUCGAAAAUAAGAUGAACCAGGAAAUCCUCAGAUCGAUGGCCAAACUCAACACUCGACUACUCAAAAUCAGGACGACCACCAACCAACUCAAAACAUUCCCUAACACUCGGCGGAUCUCAACCAACACUGAACCAUCAACUCAGCCACCCUUCCCAUCAAGCUCAUCAUCGACCAUCAAAAAGAAGGGAUCCAGACUGAGAGACAGGGCAGGCUUACCAGCGUUCGAAGGCACGAGCAAACACGCUGGAGUAGAAGACCACUAUGAGAAAGAAGGAUCAGGAGAUAGUCAGCCUGCUGAUCAGCAUCAGCAUCAAACCUUCACACCGAUGAAACCAUGGAACAUGAGGACUCGGAAUCAACUCGAACGAACUCAAAUGAACCAUAGAGAAAGUCAGAUUGCCUUAGAACUACUGGAAGAUCUGGCGAUCCCACUAGAUGAACUUCUUCUUAACACGACCACACAAAACGAUCCAAAAGACCAUCAGGAUACAUCAGAAUCGGGAAAGAUAAAAGACCUGCUCCAUCGACCCGAAUUUCAAUCGAUCCUGUCUCAACAUUCUUCCUCCUCUAGCCAUAAAAAUCUCGAGAGACAUCGUCCAACUCAACUCUCAGCUGAGGAUCUACGAAUCGAAGACAUCCUUAAAGAACUAUCCGACUCACUCCUCAGAAAGAUCGACAGUUUCCGAAAUGAUUUUGAAUUGCUCACUUGGCUCGAUCAUCAAGUCUUUUCUCAAUCAAGAAUACCAUCAUCAUCAUCAUCAUCAUCCUCAAGAACAACAACAGCUGAUAAUUGCUCCUCAACCGACUCGAAUGAUACACACAAUAAACUUGGCCAAGUCUUCGAAAGUUUAGAUUCCCAUCCAUCAAUCCUCUCCACCGAAGAAUACGAACUGGAUCUAAACUUCCAAGACGAUCCAGAACGGAUCCUUCGCAAUCGACCGAUCUGUUACAGUCCACUCUUCUCCUCCAUCCUCGUCCACCUCCUCCAAACCUUCUCGAGCCGAUUCCAGAAUGCGCAUCUCUCCUUAUAUCUCUUCGAUUGGGUCCGCUCUCAUCCCGACCCACUCGUCAAAUACUUCGGACUGACACGCGAUGUCUACUUCGAAGUCGUGACGAUCAAGUGGGAGAUCUUCCAAGACUUCAGAGGGAUCCAGAACGAGAUGGUGGAGAUGAAGGCACUCGGCUUGGACCUCGAUGAUCGGUUUAAGAGACUCGUCCAGUCGAUCACUCAGCUCGUUCUGGACGACGAAAUCCAAGCCGAACAGCGUCUGACCCUCCAAUCUUCUACUGCCCCUCUCAAUCCUUGCGACCGAGACAAGUAUCUCGACCGGUUUCGGAGAAUCUCUCCUACCGAACGACUCUAUGUCUCGCAAAUCGAAUCGCUCCUCAAUCAGUUCAUCGACUCUCAAAAUCAAGCUUUCACUCACAAAUUCCGGGCCCCUCCGCCUUCUCAUCAUCAUCCUUGA